AUGGUCUUAGCAAAACAGCUCAGACUUCUCCUUCUUGGAGCACCUGGUGCCGGAAAAGGCACCCAGACUUCCAGAUUAUUGAAAACUCUUCCCACUUUAAAUGCCCUUUCCUCGGGAGAUAUCCUUAGAACCGAGGUUGCUAGAGGUACACCUUUGGGCCUGGCAGUCUCCAAGUUUAUCGAGGAAGGAAAGCUCGUGCCCGACGACACGAUGGUUGGACUUAUCAAGAAUCAUUUGUUGGCCAACGAUUGGCUCAAUGGCAACGCCCUGUGGUUAUUGGACGGGUUCCCUAGAACGGGCAACCAAGCCAGAGACUUGGACAAGAUGUUGAAGGAAAACAGAGCCGACAUCAACUUGGUCGUGGAGUUGGAGGUUGACCAGAAGAGCAUAUUGGAGAGAGUGGAGGCCCGCUGGGUCCAUCCUGCUUCUGGAAGAGUGUACAACUUGGACUAUAAUCCUCCCAAGGAGCCAUUCAAGGAUGACGAGACGGGCGAGAAGUUAGAAAAGCGCAAGGACGACACCAAGGAGGUGUUUGGAAAGCGGUUGGACAAGUACAACGAGGAGAUCCUGACGCUCAGGGAGUACUACCAGAAGAAGGGCAUCUGGCACGGUGUUGCGGGCGAGACGAGCGACAUUAUUUUCCCCAAGAUCAAGGACUUGAUUUUGAAGAAGUUCGACAGGCCGUAG